AUGUCAGACUCAGAUAAGAAGACUGUGACAAUGGCAGAUGAGCCAGACGUCGAAGUGGGCGAGGGAGAAACCAAGGCAGCGACAGCUUUGGAAGAGGCAGGCGUCAAUUUUCGCGAAGCUGGCAAGUCUAAGGCUUUGCAUUUGCUUGCAAAUCGCCCCCUCGACUUUGAUCCGAAUUCGCCAGAAGCUAAGAGGGUGCUUCGGAAGAUCGAUAUGAGGAUUAUGCCUAUGGUGCUUGGCGUCUAUCUACUUCAGUUGAUGGACAAAAAUAGUCUGUCAUUUGCUGCGAUCAUGGGAAUCAAGACGGACGCCCAUCUGAAUUCCAGUCAAUACUCCUGGCUCGGAUCUCUGGUAUAUUUUGGCUACUUGGGCGGCGAGAUACCGGCAACAAUCUUGAUGCAACGAUUCCCACUUGCCAAAUACCUCGGUAUCAUGAGCAUGAUUUGGGGUAUAAUAGUUGCUAUGCACGCCGUGUGUACCAACUUUGGGGGUCUUGCUACCGUUCGACUCUUGCUAGGAAUGGUCGAAGUCUGCACGACUCCUUCAGUCAUCUACAUUACCAGCUCCUGGUACACCCGCUCCGAGCAAGUGACCAGGGUAGCAAUUUGGUACACGACAUCAGGAUGGGCCUCAGUAUUUGGUGGGUUUUUCGCGUGGGCCAUCUACCAAGCCAACAGUUUUCGCUGGCAGGGUCUUUUUGUGCUUUAUGGAUCAUUGACUUUUGUCGUUGGCCUACUGAUUUACUUCUUCCUUGCUGCUUCCCCAACUGACGCCAAAUGGCUCACCGACGAGGAAAAGGCGAUUGCUCUGGAACGAAUUAGAGAGAACAAAACGGGCUCUGAAGUCUGGGCUUUCAAUAGCUCUCAACUGAAGGAGACCUUACGUGAUAUUCGGUUUUAUUUAAUCAUACUACUCAUGAUUUCUACCGGUCUACCCAAUGGCGGGCUGACGGCUUUUGGCCCAACCAUCAUUGAUAGUUUUGGAUACGACGUCAACCAGACCACGCUCUUGAGUAUGGCACCCGGAGCAGCAGCAGCUGUUGUUCUUCUGGGAUGUGUUGGUAUCAUUAUGAUGUUUACAAUUUCUGCUGAACAUAAUGCCGCUCGAUAUGGUGGCUAUAUCCUUACUCUACAGUUCCCAAACUGUGUUUUGUCAAUUGUUGCAUUCAUGACCGCUGGUGUAGGCGGUACAACCAAGAAGUUCCUCUUCAGCGCAGCCUAUCAGCUUGGUUAUGCGGUGGGCAAUAUUGUCGGUCCUCAGACGUUCCGAGCUCAAGAUGCUCCCAACUAUUAUCCCGCCAAAUACACCAUGCUUGCCUUUUUGAUCUUGACCAGCAUCCUAAUUGCUACGUUUGGCCUUAUCCAUUGGUCGUGGAAUCGCAAGCGGGAUAGACAGGACGAAUUGGAUGCCCAGAACGGUAUUGUGCAUGUACAUCUUGAAAACGAAGAAUUCACUGAUCAAACGGAUUUCCACUUGAGGUCCUUCCGAUAUCCGCUAUGA